AACGGCACUAAGAAAGGCCUACAUGUAUAGAGUAAAAAAUCUUGAGUUUCUACCUCCGUUGAUUUAAAAAUAUAGUUUUGUUUUGAAUACCCAUUUUCAAAUUUAAUCUAAGACUUCUUCCCCAACCCUUUUACAGACAGCAGAGAUAUCAUGUUAAGUGAACUCCUGUAUCGAAAAGUCUGAACUAAAUGUAGAAUAAUGUAGAUCGUUAAUUAUUCAUCAACAGUGUGUGCAUGAUGUUGACAUGGAAGCAAAUUCUACUGAACAACCAAUUAAUGUAAAAGAAACAUCCAGUGAUGCAACAUCCUUGCUUAAUGUGUCAACAACCACACUGGGAUUAAAUAAAUCUACAGCAAGACCAAGCAGUGGUAACAUAGCCCAUGAUACAGACGCGAACAGAACUGUAGGUCUUCCUAUUACUCAGAGUCUGAAAAAUGGAACAGAUUUUAACAAUUCAUCAGAAAAUUCAACUAUUAGUGCUUUAAUUCAGAACACAGAGAUGAGUGAACUAACCAAAAAAAAAGAAAUGGCUACCAUAGUUACAGAUGGAGCCCCUCCUCCAGGGAAUGAAACCCAAGUAGAAGGUAGAAAGCCAACUGCAAGUCCUACAAGUAGCAGCAGUCUCAACACAAAACCUCCACAUGUCACUGUGGUUCAUUAUGUGACUGAAAAAAAUGGCCACGUCACGAAGGUUGGAUCUACUAUUCAAAUGACAAGGAUCCCACAACAAAUGGAGACCACUGAGAAACAUUCAAUUGCUCAAACGUCUGGGCCUGAGACCACAACUCAGCCAAAGAAUGCUCUUCCUGCAACAUUUACCAGACACGAGGAAUCAAAAGAGUUGACCAAUGCUAUGCUGACGGCAGAAUCUGAAACACAGCCAGUGCUCCCAACCAAGACCAUGCCGAUUGUAGUGUCCUCCAGUAGCUCUACAGGCAUAUCCACCACCACCACCACCACCACCACCACCACCACAGAAAGCACCUCCACCAACUGGCCCAGAACCACCCACGCCACGAUAGAAACCGUCGUCACAACUAGUACAAUGAUCAACAAAGCAACCACGUUAUUUUCCACCCAGCAGAGUGAGGACAGUGCGGUCAAUGCCAAAAAAAUGGUGAAUGGGAAGCCAGUUUCUAAUCCAAACCAAAGCAAAGUGGACCCACUGGUUAUAGGAAUGAUCACAGUUUUCUUCAUUAUUAUUGGAAUUGUUUCACUUCUUGGAUUUCUAAAGUAUCGGCAGCGAGUCAACCAACCAGAAUUUAGGCGACUUCAUGAACUUCCAAUGGAUGACAUGAUGGAAGAGGACACUCCAUUGUCUCUCUACAGCUACUAACAAUCACCUGUUGCCAAAGAAGAGAUCUCGUCAACAUGCACAGCAUUGUGUUUUGGAGUAUUAUUGGCUGAGAUGUUGAGGACUUUUACAUUUUUUUAGUGUGAGCCAAAUUUGCGUUCAAAUGUGUCUGUUUUAUUUUAAUUUGUGGCUCAGUUAGGAUUGAACAUUGGUCAAAAUUGAUGUAAUCACACCACAAAAUAUUUCUUUCUGUAUCCAUUGAGUUUUUAACAGUAAUCUAUUUAUUCAAACAAACGUGAAGCAACGGGCAAUCUUUUCUUAACUAUUAGUAGACUCAAAAUAUUGUUGACCUUGCUCUCUGCAUCACCAGGACAUCUUGUAGAAAAUGUUAAAGGUAUCCAACACAAGCCAAAGGAGCUGGGGUCCCCGCUGACUGGCAUUAUUGUUAGUUUCAAAGACCCUGAACAUUUACAAUUUCUUGGAUCAAUAUAAUUGUUUCAGGCAUCCAGUUAUGUAAUUAGUACCUUAACUUAAACAGAUUGCUUUGAGUUCCAAUUGUAAGUUGUUCGCAUGCCUACUAUUGGAAUGAGAAAUUUCUGAAUUUAGGAGAAUUCCAAACUUGCAAAUGUGUAUUUGCAUUCCUAGUCUGCCCCUACAGAAUAUAGACACAGAAUGCUGGAGUAACUCAGCGGGUCAGGUAGCAUCUCUGGAGAAAAGGCAUAGGUGAGGUUUUGGAUCGUAACCUACAGCUGUGAAUCGGAGCAUGUUGCAUGCAGACUACAACCAGACCAUAGGCGGCUCCCUGUCCCCAUACUGUCUCGAAGCUUGCCAUUCUUGCUGUCCUGGUUGUAGGCUUGCCAGCGAUUCAUGGGAACCAGUAGGAUAGCCCCAAUUCAAAAAGAGCGGAUCAUAAUGACAGUCUGUAAUGUGUGAGGAAUGUUAUGGAGACUUUGCUCCCUAUCCAUUUGUGGACCCAAGUCCAAUUGUUGAUGAUAGAUCUUGCAGUACAAUAUUUGUGUAUAAUACUGGUGGGGAUAGGCCUGUUACAGUAUGACAGGGUACUGUGGUGGGGGCGGUCUGUUAUUGCAUGAUAUCAGGAUAUAAUACUGAUGGGGAUGGGUCUGUUACUGUGCAAAUUCAGGGUACAAUAUUGGUGGGGAUGGAUCUGUUGCAACAUAAUGGGAUACAGUUCUGGGAAUUGGUCUGUAACUAACACUACACAACUUGGACUGGGUCUAUAACUGUAUAAUGGGGUGCAGUACUGGUGGGGUUGGGUCUGCUACCGCAUGGUAUUGGGGUGCAGUGCUGGUAGGCUGGUAUGGUUACUGUUUAACGGUACAUUAUUGGUGAAAACGUGUCUGUUACAGCAUAAGUUACAGAAUAACCAGGUACAGCACUGGGAACGGGUUUAACUGUAUAACAGGAUACUGUACUGUGGACAGGUCUGAUACUGUAUACAGUGGUGGGGAUGGCUUUGUUACUGUGUAACAUCAAGCUUCAGUACUAAUGGGGAAAGAUGUGUUGCACAACAUUAGGGUAGAGAGCUGGUGGGUACAUUUCUUCCUGGCACAGGGUGGACAGGAAGAGAAUAUGUCCGUUUCCUGACUCAUGAAGUGGAAAUGCCUGCCUUCCGAGGAAGGUGCUUUCUCUUUAGGAAAAGGAACGUUUACGUAUUUGUCUGAGUGACUUGGGCAAAGUGAACUGUUUCUCCAGUGCUUGUUAAAAUUGGUUUGGAUAGCAAAUGCUACCCUCCCUGCAACAGAAGUUGUGCUCCAAGGCAUUUCAAGGUCUCAUCCUGGGUGGGUCAGUGGUCGUGUUCCCAGCCAGAGCCCUGGGUUGGAUGGUCCUUCCUGACUUGACCCCCAAGACUGGGAGGAGGGGUGGGGUUAUUCUCUCUCCCAUCUGCUCAGCCACUCAUUCUGAACUUGGGGCAUCAUUGAAGAUGUUAAUGUUUUAUGAGCAGACUAUCCCAGAAGGGAUUUUGGAGAGAGUCAAAACAUUUUUUGGACCCCUGAGCUUCUGAUAAUUGCAGGCUUUGCACUCGGAUUCAGCAAAAAUCAUACUAUUGUUAAAAGCAAACCUAGUGCGGAAAUGGAACCAAAGGCACAAACUGCAUUGAGCAGCCAAAGUUCCCCUCAGUGCUGUGGCUGAAACCGUUAGAUUGUACUUGAGACGUUGCUCGGAUUUAGCAAAAUCAACAAUUUAUUUAGUUAAUUGCUUCCAGCUCCAAAGAUUUUUCUUGUUUUAUUUUUGCUAAAGAUUCUUUGUGAGGAACAUUCUCUUGGAUAGAAAUUCUGCACUCAUUGGUUCAGUGUUGACAUUAUACUGCAUGAACAGUUUCUAUGGAGCAAUUUCAAUUCAAAAUCUUUAUGAAGCAAGUAAUACAGAAGCUCAUUUUUAAUUCUAACAAUGUUGUUUGACUUUGAUGCCUCAUAUCAUAUUUGAUUUUCUAAAUUCAGUUUUUUAAUGGGGAAUAUUUUUGGUGGGCCUUUGGGAAAAGACAAGAGAUUUUAAUUUUAAUAUUGCCAGUGCACAUUGACUAUUUUGGGUUAUUUUGGGCCUGAUUUACAAUAUCAAUCCCACUCUAAUCUGGUUCUGAGCAUUUUGGUUUGUGAUUUCUAUUCAGAUUUUUGCUUUGUUCUUGGACAGAUCAACUGAAAUUUUCAUUUUAAUGUGCUGGCUACAAAUUAAUUUUAAUCAAUCAUUUUAAUAUAUGGAGGAUUAACUUUUAAUCCCCUGAUGGUAAUAGCUUUUGCAGGUGUAACAUUUAUACAGAUUUUAAAAUUAACAGAUGCCACUUUGCCACUUCAUGUGUGAAUUUAGUAUUAAAACAGUUGCACAAGGGAUUUCACUGUUCAUAAAGUGGAAGUGUUAAGAGUUGCCACGGAGAUGGAUUAAGGUCUCGAUCAAUGUUGAGAUCGUUUUGUCCCCUGUAUUAAAGAUAUUUUUGAAUUCUUUACUGCCAAGCUUUAUGUAUUUUAAAAUUGAUACUGAAUUAAAUGUUGGCUGACCUUCGUUCAGCAUCUUUCUGCACUGCUGUAAUCUCUAUCUACAUUCAAUGUUGUUUAACUCAAGUGAACAAACUCCUGCGAUCCUACCAUCCCUGGGAUGAAUAGUACAGUAUUGGUUUCCAGAGCCUGUUCUGCCAUUCAGUGAGAAUGUGGUUGAUUUGAAACCCUGACUCACUUUACUUGCUUUUGUUUUGUACCCUAUGAAUUUUUAUAUUGGACAAGGGCAUCAAUUUUGAUAUGGAAACAUUUUUGGUACCACAUCCAUAGCCAGUUUUGGCUGUGAAUUCUGGGCUUCCAUGAGCCCUUUUCCAACAAAAAAGGCACAACGCACUUUGCGGCAAAUCAGCAUCUGCAGCUCCUUCUUUCUACAUAUCAACUAGCCUUGGUGUAGAGGAUAGAUAGAGAGUGGUAGUGUUGUUGGGUGGGGUACAGGGAUGUAAAUAGAAAUAUCUCUAUCUUAUGUUGGUGUCAUUUUAAGGCAUUGAAGGUCUCCUUGUUUGGAUUCCCACACCAGUGGAAAUUGUUUAUCUGGAGUUGGUCAGUUGAAUUUGACUAUUUUGUAUUCUAAAUCCCUUGAGAUAAAGGACAAUGUUUUCUCCUUUGUACCUCCAUUAUUGUGCAUCCGUGAACAUUCAAAUGCCAUCGCUCUUCCAUAGUUUUGUCAAGAAGUGAUACUCUUUGAACCAUUUUAUUUGAGUUUCAUUAGGAAAAAAAGGCAUUAGGUGAAACUCUUAAAAUUACUUGUAGUGUAGAUAAAGCACAGAAACAGGUCCUUUUGCCCACCAACUCGGCACCAACCAGUGAUCCCAGCACAUUAACACUAUCCUACACAUACUAGGGACAAUUUAUAAUCGUACCAAGCCAAUUAGACUACAAAUCUCUGCGUCUUUGGAGUGUGGGAGGAAACCGGAGGUCCCAGAGAAAACCUAUGCAGGUCAUGAGGAAAACAUACAAACUCCGUACAGACAUCAUCUGUAGUCGGGAUCAAACCCAGGUCUCUGGUGCUGUAAGGUAGCAAUUCUACCUUGGACCACUGUCUCCCGUAAUAAAGAUAAAGGAACAAUCUGCAGUUAAUUUCAUCAGAAUUUUCAAUUAAAAAAAAUCUAUUGCACAAAGCCUCAAUGAUUAGGUUUUAAAUUUGUUUAAAUGUUAAUGGGACAUUUAUAUGAAGCCUGCGCAGUGUUUAUGGAAUAUAAAAUAAAUUGAAGUAAAUUGCUUGAUGUUUGAACAGAGCUUCCUUUUAGCCAUUUAUUCUUUGAAAUUAUGUAUGAAUCCGGUUGAACAACAUGAAGAUAUUAUUAACGUAAUGUGUUGGAAGGAACUGUAGAUGCUGGUUUAAACCGAAGUUGGGCACAAAAUGCUGGAGCAACUCAGCAGGACAGGCAGCAUCUCUGGAGAGAAGGCAUGGGUGAUGUUUCGGGUCACAUGUAAUGUUUCUGUACAGAAUAACUUGUGAACACGUUUGUACAAAUGCCCCCUGGUGGAUUUCUGGAUUCAUGGCAAAACGUAAAGAGAAAAAGAAUGGAAAUUUUCUUUUGUUCAAAAGCUUUAAAUACAAUCAAAUUCACAAGUAAUUAAUUUGGAUAAACAUGCUAAUAUUUUUGGAUCUCAGUAUUAAUUCCUUAAACGUAAUUAUAUUUUGGAGUUCUAUAGUCCUCAAUAAAUUUUAAUUUGGGUACAUUUAAAUAAACUGCUGGAGGAACUUGGUGUCUAUGGAGGAAAAUGGACUGAUGAUAUUUCUGGUCAGGACAUUUCCUAAAACAUUGUUCAUUUCCCUCCACAGAUGCUGCCUACCCAUUGAGUUCCUCCAGCAGUUCUUUAUUUUUCUCUCACGAUUCCAGCAUCUCUAAAAUAUUUUAGAUGGUGAAAACCUUUGUUGCUUUUUUAAAUGUCUCUCCAACUGUAAAUAAACUUGUCUAAACAUUGACUGAGAUUGCAAAGGAUUGGAUAUUGCUGUUGAAAGGAUGUUAUUUUAUCACAAAGUAACUUUCAGGGUGCUUAAACAAUUAUUUAUUGUGUUUUAAGCUAACAUGAUCCCUGAAAAUUCUGAAAUUUACAAGCCAUGUUUGCAAUUCCCGUGGUCACCAUAAAAUCUGCUAAAUCAGAGGCAUUGGGAGAAUGAACAAAGAAGAGGAGUGGGUGGGAAAGCUGCUUAGAAGACUUGAGAAAAAUUACUUUUAGUUGCGGAUAAUAAUAAUAAUUUGAAAUGGCAUUAUAAAGCAUCUUGUGAUCAGAAAAAUAGCAGCCGUGUUGAAUGCAUCAUAUGCUCUUAUCAGGCCAUACCUAGAAUGACAUCAGCAAAAAGAUACCAUCCAAGACCAAUGCAGAGCAAGGCUGAUACUAUGUAUGAAGGGAAAAAAGUAAAUGAGUGAUAAAAUAUACACACUUUUAAUUUUGCUGUAUCAAUGUCCGUUUUUAUUUGAGGGCUAGAAAUGUAUCCAUCCUGUAUAUGAAACAUGUGCACUGAACUCAUGAGAUUUUUGUUUCAUUGAAUUGUCACCUGAUUUUAUUUCUGUAUUACUGAGAAAAAAUGCUUUUACCCAAACCAUAUAGUAUAUUGGCUGGCAAACUGAAAAGACACGAGCAAUAUGUUUUCCAAAACUUAAAAGUUCCACAAAAUAUUAGUUUUUAAAAACACUUGCCUUUUUCCCUACUUACGACUUGACUCGGAGAACUGGCCUUAAUGCCAAAAUGUUUGGAUUGAUAGAAAGGUCAGUGACCUUACAAUUACUUUAAUGGUUGUACUGUUAUAAUUUAGUUCAAACUAUAAAAUGUUGAAUAGCUUGUGGAUCAGCUCCCCAAAUGCCAUUUGUUACUAAUGAAAAGUGUUUUGCCAUUUGACCUUUGAAAGUUUUAAACAGAUUAAGAAGGGUUGAGACAAAAAUAAGUAACAACAAAAUGCUCACAAUGACAGAACGGUCUGAAAUGGAAAUCUAUUUUUAAGAGCAAGAUCUGUUUCUAUUUAACUGCUGUACUUUUUCUUACUACUUUUAUCAUUAUAGAUUCCAGCAAUUUGUUUUUUGAGCUUGUUCUUUUCCAUUUAUAUCUUCCUUAUGCAAGAUUAUUAAAUGUGAGAUUUCCAGCAUCAAGGCUUUAAAUUAAAAAAUGUGUGGAUCAAUUGAUGUAUUUGGGGAGGUUUUUUUGGAUUACAAGUGUGCCAUGAUCUUUCUUCUACAUGGUCUUGCUCCAGUUUAUUAUUUCUCUCUUGUUCUGAUGCUUUUCAGAUCAUGAGAUUUCUUCCAAAAACAUGCAUAGUUCCGUAUUCCAGUUAAAAUGUGCAGUCAUAUGUUGCCUUUUAAGUUACUGCAGGGGUGCAGCAUGAUGCAUCGUCUUAAAUGGCGCUCCUGAAUCUUGCAAAGCUGUCUUUGACAAAGUAAGCCAAGUGAAGCACUUUUGUAAGCAGGAGCAGCAUUUUUAAACUCAAAUAGUAAACCCAUACAGUGCCAUUGGAGAUAUUUUGACUGGAUUCCAGAAAGCUGAAUACUUAGUGUAAGGAAGCAGGUCUUGUAGAAAAAGCUUCCUACCAUCAAUUAGCUAAAUGAAGGUUUGGUCACCAGAAAUAAUCAUGUUACUUUCAAAGAGCUAUGUGCAAACCAGUAUAUUUAUGAUAUGGUAGUAGACCUCCAAGAUGGGCAAGAGGUUGCUAUUGUUUAUUUGUCAGGUUUGUAAAUGUAGAGACUAUGAAACAAUAUUAGAAGGCAUUUUUUAACAAUAGUAUGACACAAAUGUUCAUGAAAUCUUGCAAAACCUACAACGGACUAAAAUUCAACACUUUUUUAAACUAGAUAACUUGUGGGUGAAAGAUUGCCAGUAUCUUUGUAAAGAUACUUAGAUGUCAACAGAUCUAUAUCGAUGAGAUCAAGCGGAGGUUGGGCGAUCGUUUCGCAAUAACCAAGCUGACCUCCCGGUGGCUCAGCACUUCAACUCCCCCUCCCACUCCGUCUCCGACCUCUCUGUCCUGGGUCUCCUCCAUGGCCACAGUGAGCAGCACCGGAAAUUGGAGGAACAGCACCUCGUAUUCUGCUUGGGGAGUCUGCAUCCUGGGGGCAUGAACAUCGAAUUCUCCCAAUUUUGUUAGUCCUUGCUAUCUCCUCCCCUUCCUCAGUCCCCCUGCUGUCUCCUCCCAGCCCCCAGCCUUCGGGCUCCUCCUCCUUUUUCCUUUCUUGUCCCCGCCUCCCCCCACCCCCUAUCAGUCUGAAGAAGGGUUUCGGCCCGAAACGUUGCCUAUUUCCUUCGCUCCAUAGAUGCUGCUGCACCCACUGAGUUUCUCCAGCUUUUUUGUGUACCUUUGAUUUUCCAGCAUCUGCAGUUCCUUCUUAAACCCUUUGUAAAGAUGUUGUUUUUGCCUUGAGCACAAAUCUUGUACAAAUUAUAUUUUAAAGAACAAUUUCAGUAUGGUACAUGUCAGUUGAAAUGUAAGUUUUAGGGGGCAAUUUUUGUGUGGAAUAUCAUGUCAAUACUUUUUAAAAGGUGAGCCCGUCCCUGAUAUCCACAUUUUAAGUUGAUUUUAAUGACAGAUUUAAUGCUUUAAAGGAAAAUUCCAAAAUAGCACUAAGAAUUUGAACAUGCAGAAGUGAAAUAGCACAUGUAUCACUGGUAGAUCCUGUUACACUUUUCCUUCCUAUCUUAUAGAUACUGUUAUGAGCCUUGGUAUUUCUAAUUUGUAACUUUUGUGAAUUUUUGCUUAUCAGGUAAGACUUUGGAAAAAGUUGAUUAUUUACUAUUCUUUUGUGAUUUGCAGUUAAUUGCAAAAAUAUAGUUCUAAAUUAUGAGGGGAUACAUGGUUUGCACUAUUCAAAUGGUCUUUCUUCAAAAAAAAAUCAAAGCUGUGUAGAAGAACCUGCUGUUGCAAGCAUAAAUGUAAUUUUAAUUUCCUAUGGAAUAUGUUUAUGGCAAGAAGUAGGAAAUGAAUUGAAUGUUAAUUUUAUACAAUUGCCUUGUUUUCUUUUAUUAAAUUGGUUUUCCCUUCA